AGAGGAGGAGGCGGUGUGAUGGCCCUGGACGGCGAGAGGGGGGAGCAAGAGGAGGAGAAGAAAAAGAAGAAGAAGAAAAAGAAGAGGAAGAAGAAGGAGGAGGAGGGGGCCGAGAAGAGCAGCUCACCCUUUGCAGCCACCAUGGGAGAAGACGAUGCCGCCGCCGCGCUCCGGGCAAGCGGCAGGGGGCUCUCGGACCCGUGGGCUGACUCGGUGGGAGUGCGACCCCGCACCACCGAGCGCCACAUCGCGGUACACAAGCGGCUCGUGCUGGCCUUUGCCGUGUCCAUCGUGGCACUCCUGGCGGUCACCAUGCUGGCGGUACUGCUCAGCCUGCGCUUCGACGAGUGUGGAGCCAGCGCGGCGGUGCCGGGCUCCGACGGUGGCCCCGGGGGCUUCCCUGAGCGCGGCGGCGGCGGCGGCGGCGGCGGCGGCGGCGGGGGCAACAACAGCCACCCAGGAUCCGCCCGGCGCAACCACCACCACGCUGGUGGGGAAUCCUCGCAGCGCGAGACCGGCGAGGUGGACACCCCGGGGACCCCGUCUACCCUACCGCCGUCGGAGGAAGAGAGGGAGCAGUGGCAGCCUUGGACGCAGCUGCGCCUAUCCGGCCACCUCAAGCCCCUGCACUACAAUUUGAUGCUCACCGCCUUCAUGGAGAACUUCACCUUCUCCGGGGAGGUCAACGUGGAGAUCGCGUGCCGGAACGCCACCCGCUACGUGGUGCUGCACGCCUCCCGGGUGGCGGUGGAGAAGGUGCAAGUGGCGGAGGACCGGGCGUUCGGGGCUGUCCCGGUAGCCGGCUUUUUCCUCUACCCACAAACCCAGGUCUUGGUGGUGGUGCUGAACAGAACCCUGGACGCGCAGAGGAAUUACAACCUAAAGAUUAUCUACAAUGCCCUGAUAGAGAACGAGCUUCUCGGCUUCUUCCGCAGCUCCUACGUGCUCCACGGGGAGAGAAGAUUCCUUGGUGUUACUCAGUUCUCACCUACGCAUGCCAGGAAGGCGUUUCCGUGUUUCGACGAGCCAAUCUACAAGGCCACUUUCAAAAUCAGCAUCAAACAUCAAGCCACCUAUUUGUCUCUAUCCAAUAUGCCAGUGGAGACAUCUGUGUUUGAGGAAGAUGGAUGGGUAACAGACCACUUUUCACAGACUCCUCUCAUGUCCACAUAUUAUUUAGCCUGGGCGAUUUGCAACUUCACAUACCGAGAAACUACUACCAAGAGUGGGGUUGUAGUCCGAUUAUAUGCAAGACCUGAUGCUAUCAGAAGAGGAUCCGGGGACUAUGCUCUCCACAUUACAAAGAGAUUAAUAGAAUUUUAUGAAGACUACUUUAAAGUGCCCUAUUCUUUGCCAAAACUAGAUCUUUUAGCUGUGCCUAAGCAUCCGUAUGCUGCUAUGGAGAACUGGGGACUAAGUAUUUUUGUGGAGCAAAGAAUACUGCUGGACCCCAGUGUUUCAUCUAUUUCAUAUUUGCUGGAUGUCACCAUGGUCAUUGUUCAUGAAAUAUGUCACCAGUGGUUUGGUGACCUUGUGACUCCGGUGUGGUGGGAAGACGUGUGGUUGAAGGAAGGCUUUGCUCACUACUUUGAAUUUGUGGGUACAGACUACCUCUAUCCUGGCUGGAACAUGGAAAAGCAGAGAUUUCUGACAGAUGUUCUGCAUGAAGUGAUGCUGCUUGACGGGUUGGCCAGUUCCCAUCCGGUAUCACAGGAAGUGAUACGGGCAACAGAUAUUGACAGGGUGUUUGACUGGAUCGCAUACAAAAAGGGUGCUGCUCUAAUUAGAAUGCUGGCUAAUUUUAUGGGCCAUUCCGUUUUUCAGAGGGGUUUGCAAGAUUAUUUAACUAUCCACAAGUAUGGCAAUGCAGCCAGAAAUGAUCUCUGGAAUACAUUAUCAGAGGCUUUAAAAAGGAAUGGAAAAUAUGUGAACAUACAAGAAGUAAUGGAUCAGUGGACACUGCAGAUGGGAUAUCCUGUUAUCACCAUCCUGGGAAACAUGACAGUAGAAAAUAGAAUAAUUAUCACCCAACAACAUUUCAUUUAUGACAUCAGUGCUAAAACCAAAGCACUCCAACUUCAGAAUAACAGUUACCUGUGGCAGAUUCCAUUAACCAUUGUGGUAGGAAAUAGAAGCCAUGUGUCUUCAGAAGCAAUUAUUUGGGUGUCUAACAAAUCAGAACAUCACAGAAUAGCAUACUUGGACAAAGGAAGCUGGAUCCUUGGAAACAUCAAUCAAACUGGCUACUUUAGAGUCAACUAUGACCUAAGGAACUGGAGAUUACUGAUUGAUCAAUUAAUCAGGAACCAUGAGGUACUUUCCGUCAGUAACCGUGCGGGUUUGAUCGAUGAUGCCUUCAGCCUGGCCAGGGCAGGCUAUUUGCCUCAGAAUAUUCCCCUGGAGAUUAUCAGAUACCUGUCUGAGGAAAAGGAUUUUCUUCCUUGGCAUGCUGCCAGCCGAGCUCUUUAUCCUCUGGAUAAAUUACUGGACCGCAUGGAGAACUACAAUGUCUUCAACGAGUAUAUUUUAAAACAAGUUGCAACAACGUAUAUCAAGCUCGGAUGGCCAAAAAACAACUUCAAUGGAUCUCUCGUUCAAGCAUCGUACCAACAUGAAGAACUACGGAGAGAAGUGAUAAUGUUGGCAUGCAGCUUCGGGAACAAGCACUGUCACCAGCAGGCAUCAACGCUUAUUUCAGAUUGGAUUUCCAGCAACAGGAACAGAAUACCACUCAAUGUUAGAGACAUCGUCUACUGCACAGGAGUGUCAUUGCUGGACGAGGAUGUCUGGGAGUUCAUCUGGAUGAAAUUCCACUCCACUACUGCAGUUUCAGAGAAGAAGAUAUUACUGGAGGCUCUAACUUGCAGUGAUGACAGGAAUUUAUUAAAUAGGCUUCUAAACCUGUCUCUGAAUUCUGAGGUGGUGUUGGAUCAAGAUGCAAUUGAUGUCAUAAUCCAUGUAGCCAGAAAUCCACAUGGCCGAGAUCUUGCCUGGAAGUUUUUCAGAGACAAAUGGAAAAUACUAAAUACCAGGUAUGGAGAAGCAUUAUUUAUGAAUUCCAAACUUAUCAGUGGAGUUACAGAAUUUCUUAAUACAGAAGGCGAACUUAAAGAGCUAAAGAACUUCAUGAAGACCUAUGAUGGGGUAGCGUCUGCCUCAUUCUCACGAGCUGUGGAAACCGUGGAAGCCAAUGUGCGUUGGAAAAGGCUUUAUCAGGAUGAGCUGUUCCAGUGGCUGGGGAAGGCCAUGAGGCACUAAUGUGUGUCACUUGCUUAGAACUCAACUCAGAGUUUUGAGAGGACCUGCUUUCUGUGGAAUAAGGAGGCUAGCCAGAAUUUCAGUGAUAAUGUGUGGGAGAACUUUUUGUUGUUGCUGUUGUCUGUUUGGGUGGUGGGUAUUUUUCUUCCUUCCAUUCACUCUGCAUUUGUUUCUCCACUGGAUGUUCCUCUGUAUAGAAACUCUUGCAAGUGACUCUUUGCCCUGGCUACUUCAGCUGUACAUUCCCUGCUGUUCGGGACCAAAUAUGAUAGUGGUGCAUGUUGAUGUUGCAGUCAGUUUGGAAAAUCCUAUUCAGAAUAUUCUGUGCAUGGAUGUAUGGUCCUGCCUGUGUUCCAGCAUGCUUAUUUAACAUGUCCAAUGUUGUAUGUGAAUAUAUGUACAUCCAGGAUGGGCAUUAUGCAAAAGCACAAAGAUUAUCUAUGACAAUCAGUGUUGCAAUGAAAGUAAAAUCUUCAGAAGGGAAUUCUAUCCUCAGCCAUGGCCAACAGGAGAGAUAAAGCAGCUCUGUGAACAAUUUGUAUCAUUUGUUUUCAGCACUUGGAUUGUCUGGCAAUGAUGAUUGCAUUGCUAACUCAUUUUCUUUGAGUUAAAGCUGUGUAUACACUUGCAGAGAUGUAUAGAUAGUAUGUACAUAUGCACAUGUACAUAAGAAAGCUCCAUAUGUAUAUAAUAUGUUGUAAAUGCACCUGUGUGAAGAAAUCUCUUCGGAUCAAAGGAAAUUUAACUCUUUUUUAUAAACGUGUGGACACUUGGAAAAGGCUUCGCAUAAUUUAUCUCAACACUCGCCUUCCUACUUUGUAACUCACUUUCUUAACUGCUUUUUCAUCUAUGUGCUGAAGAACGAUCUAGUCUACUACAUGAAGAUGAAUCCUAACAAACCAUAUGUGUAAACUAAUCAGUCUACAAAUUCCCUUAAGUCAGUGGCAUCCUUUCACCAAUAUCUGUCAUUAUUUUGGUCAACAUUCCUAUUGCAUAAACCAAUUUUGUGUAAACUUAGAAUCAUUGGUACUAAGAAAGUGUUUAUUUAUAGCUCCUUUGUCUUUCUUACCUGAGAUAGUGCAGAGUUAAAUUCUCUCUGUGUGUUGAUCUUUAUGUGUAUAUUGCUCCUAUCCUCCAUUAAGCAACCAUACCUCAACAGGUCUAUUAGCAUUUAAUGACCUUUUAUGCCAGUUGUGCCCUCCCUUACGAUACAGAGUUGCUUUUAUGCUGUGUUAAUGUAUAAAACCUUUGGAAGUUAACAACCCUGUUCUACCUGGGAAUUUUGAAGAGCCAUUUCCAUGGCUGUGUGUAACACAACUAUAUUUCAGUGCUUUUCCCACACAGUAGGCCAGUUCCUUGCUUCAGAGUUAACAUACUUUAAGUUUAGCAUUGUAAAAUACCUAUUACAACUACUAUAAUUGAGUCAAAUGUUGUGAAACCCCUUUCUGUUUUCCUGUGGUGUUUAGCUCUUCCAAAUAUUACAAAUCACCGAAACAAUGGAUUCAGAGACCAUCACUCAAUACUGGGGAAAAAUUAUUUAUAAAACAGGAGUCCUAGAAUUAUUUUGUUUGUAGAAAUGAAAAAAAAAAACAGUUUCCCAAUCCAUAGACUAAGUUACAACUAAAUUUGAACCUAAUUAUGUAAGCAAUUAAUGUUUGUUUCUUACACUUAAAUUUUUCAACACUUCACUCAACUAAAAUACAUAAAUUUUAAGUACUCUGUGGUGUUAAAGAGUCAUGGUCAUGCUUAGUAUGAAAUCUGAAAUUUAGGUUAUCUAUUAGACGUGAGCAAGUUCUUAAACAUAAUUCUCAUAAAUAGUAUACAGUUGUGAAGGCUCCAAAUAUCCAUUAUACCACUGGUAAAUUCGUUCAUGAGACAGAACUGACCAAGGUAGAUGUAGAUGUCUUGUUUUGUUUCCUGAAGUACUAAAAAUUCAGAGUAAUGGCUUUUUAUUUUAAGUGAGUCAUCAUUUCCAACUUUGAGUUUGGGGGCUUUCUGAGUUCUUUUUCCUCCCUGCUAUUAAUAGUCAUGAUUGUCUUUUAGUAUUUUAGUGGCCUUUAACACAACUGGUUUAGCUAUAAUCUAAAUCCUCAGUGUAUCCUUAUGUACCAUGUUUAUACCUCAUACAAUACUUGUUCAACAAUAUAGUGGUACCAAUGGCAUUGAGAUGGCAUUUUUGCUCUACACAUUUUUCAGUUCUUUAACCUUUCCAAUGUUGAAGUUAUAUUGGGCUUUAAAGGUUCUGUUUAGUUGUUUAAAUAAGUAAUAUUUUCAAAAUAAUAAAAUAACCAAUGAUAUCUCUUGGAAUAUUCUGUAAAAUGUAGCUAUAAAAUUAUAUUUUCUACUUAGAGUUUUUAUCUUUCUCUCUUGUGUGUUUUACAAAUCAAUUAUCUAUGUGAAAUAACAACAUAUUGAAAGUUUUCAUCAUCUAGUCUCAAGAAUUUCCUGUGCCAAUAUAUGUAUAACAGCAAAACUUUGUUUUAAUUAGAAAAUACUAGAUUAUUUGCCACUUUGGGUAUUCAUUAUCUCCAAGUAACUUGUAAAUAAAAUGUCCUCCCCAUUUUUACACAUUUUCCCAUAAAUUUUUUUACAGUCUUUGACGUUUUAAAAAUACAUGAUUUCAAACUUAGAAGGCUGACAUCCAUAAUACUGGCUAUGUUUUUUUGAAAUUCAUUAGCAUGCACUUUUGCUGAGCCUUAAUCUCCUUUGCUUCAUAUGAUUUUAAGAUAAAUAUAUUAUAUUGGGAUUUUCUGAUAUUUCAGUUUACAUACAUAUAUAUAUAUAUAUAUAUAUAUAAAAUUACAAGGUUAUUCAUAUUAUGCCAUGAAUUUCUAAAACUCAUUCCAUUAUCAAUAACUUUGACACAUGCUGAUUUGAUUCUUCACAGAAACAUAAUGCAUGUUUGACUUCUUCCUGAAGAUGAAAUGAAGUUGAAAACAGCCAUUCACACCUUUAAAACCCCAGUUAUGAUAUAAUCUAAAUCUCUCAACAUAGAUGGUCUACAACUAACAUACAUCUGUGUUGUUAAUUUAUAUCUAUCUAUCUCAUUAGCUUGAGACUUCACACAUUCUAGACCAACAUCAGAAUAUAUAUUUGAACACAUCCACAAUUGCUCUAUUAUCUUUAACAUUUAUAUUUCAAAUUUGUAUGAUUUCAAACUACUGGAAGAACAUGUUAACUGCCAUUUUCUUUGGUCAGUGUAAGUAGUCAAAUAUCGGGACACACAAUUAAGUCUGUUGGUUUCUUUCCCAUUGCAGAUCUGUUAUUGAACGUAGUUUAAAUGAAACCUUAAGACUGUGAUGCUUUGCUUUACUUUCAACACCCACUUCUGAUAGUGGAAAGAGAUAACAGUUACAGAUGGUCAGAAUACACACAGGAGGCUAUAUAAUCUAAAUAGUUGAAAACAAUAUUCAGUCAAAUGUGUAUAAAUCUGUGGAGACUAGCUUGCGAACAAAUGAUUUUGUGGAACUCUGGCACUGUAUCAGAUGCAACAGAUAAAUCAUAACAAAGCAUACAACAUCAUGCUGACUUCAAAUCCACUGCUAAUUAAAUAUUUAAAGAAUUAUCUUCUUGGAGACUGAAGAAUGUAGCUCAAAUAUUUUUGUGAAUGCUCGUGUGACUUAUCCAUAAAUAUCACGUACAAGCCGUCACAGAACAGAUGACGAGAAGCCAAGAUUUCCAUAGCGUGUUUUCCUUUAGCAGAGAUCGUGACUGUAUUAUCAUUUGAUACUGGUAGUUACACACUGUUAGAGUACAACUGAGUUAAAGGAAGGUUUCUUGAAUAGAUAAUAAUAACUGAGCAUGUAGUAAGAGAAAGGAAGAUGGUGGUAAUGGAUCUAAAAAUGAUCACAUGAAAAAUGUAAAGAACUUGUGAACCAGUUGGAAUUAAGGCAAUGUGAAACAGAAUCCCAUGAUAUAGAAGAGAAGUUUGGUCAUUUUUAGGUAUGAAACCCAACUAUUUUCUGUACUAGUUCCAAAACAUGUGGAUAAUUUUCACUGUUUGACUUCACAAUGCUUGUAUUUUUAGAAAUACAUAAGAUUUCAAAAGUAUAAUAGUGCCAUAACAUUUAAACAAUAAUAAUUGGAAUCAAAAUUGGGACAGACUCUAUCCUUGCGAAAAGCUGUUGGUGCAAUUGAGUGAUGUUGCUAAUCUUCAGAAAAGUUGUUUGUAAAAGAAAAAAAAAACCUCUUGUAAAAGUAUUUCAAAUUUGCCAAAAUGAUGUUAGCUUCAUUUGUUGACUUUCAGUAAAUUAUUUAUUCUUUCAAGCAGGUUCAGCAAUUCCUAUCUUGGCAAUAAUUUAUUUCAUCAAAUUAAUAUAUGUGAACUUGAGUAUGAAAAUAUUCUCAUGAACUAUACUAAAUUUUCAACUUUUUAAUUAUAUAAAUUAGCCCUUGGUUUCACUGCCUUUAACUAAUUAGCAGGUUUUAAAAUCAAAUAUUUUUUUCAUUUUGGGAUGGAUUCAAUAAAAGUCUAACAAACAUGCA